AUGCAUAAUAUUGAUUCAAGUCAAAUGAAAUAUCCAUCUCAAAAUGAUAAACAACGUACUCGUAAUGAUUUAGUAAAUAAUGAAAAAUUCGAAUACUAUCUUAAUUAUAUAAAACAACAUCGUAAUGCUGAAAGUCGUAUUGAAUAUGCAAUUCAAUUAUGUAAUCAAUCAAAAUCAAUUGAUUUAACAUCAUUGGCAAUGUGUUUUCAAAAAGAUAUAAUACCUAUUGUCGAAUAUUUUUUAUCAAAUAUAAUUAUAGUUCAAAAUACAUUUGAACUUUUAGCUAAAAUAAUUCAUAAUGAUAUAAUAAUUACAUCACAAACUGUAACAUUUAUUAGAAAAAUGAUAUCUUUAUAUGAAAAUAAUAAAGAUGUAAUUAAAAACAUAGCUGAUAUUCUUAUAGUUCUUGCAACACAAAAUUCAAAACUUUUAAAUAAUGCACGAAUAGCUUCACAUUUAGUUCACAUAAUGACUAAACAUGAACAGAAUGCUGAUGUUAGUGCAAAAUGUUGUACAAUUCUUUGGCUUAUGGCAAAAGAUUCAAUGACAAAUGAACUUCGUGAUCAUCAAUCAAAAAUUCUUAGUACUCUUUUAAAUAUUCUCCAAAAUCAUCCAGAUAAUAGUGAUCUAUUUACAAAAGUAUGCUUUGCAUUUUUACCAUUUGUUUUUGAAAAAUCAACUGUUGAUUAUUUAGUACAAUUUAAUCUUGUACGUUAUUUUACUAUUGGUUUACAACAACAUAAUGAUAAUCGUCCUGCAAUUAAAGCUGCACUUGCUGUUUUAUCUGAAUUAUUCAAACUUGAUGAACGCUGUGUAAUGCGUUUUCUUUGUAGUCGUUCAAAUGAUGGUACACUUCUAGAUUCAAUGGAAAUUUUAAAUAAAAUAUUUGAUCGAUUUAAAAAUUAUGUUGAUAUAGCACGAGGAAUAUUGACAUUAUUAAAAUCAAUGUCAUCUUAUGAUGAUGCUAUUGAUGAAAUGAUAUCAACAAAAAUUGAUGAAAGUUUACUUUAUGAAAUAAAACGUUUUCAUUCAGAAAAUGAUGAUGUUACACAAACUUGUGAACAUAUUAUGACACGUAUUCGACAGCGAAAAUCUAAUUCAUAA